AUGAUUUCCGCACUACUUACUCACAUCCUAAACCCAUUAGCCUACAUCGUCCCCAUUCUUUUAGCAGUAGCUUUCCUCACUCUCAUCGAACGAAAAGUCCUAGGCUACAUGCAGCUCCGAAAAGGCCCUAACAUCGUUGGCCCCUACGGACUUCUCCAACCCAUUGCUGAUGGCCUUAAACUCUUUAUUAAAGAACCCAUCCGCCCUUCAACAGCCUCCCCCAUCCUAUUUCUUCUAGCCCCCAUCCUGGCUCUUACCCUUGCCCUUACCCUUUGAGCCCCCAUGCCCAUCCCAUACCCAGUCACAGACCUAAACCUAGGUGUCCUUUUCAUCCUUGCCCUCUCAAGCCUAGCAGUCUAUUCAAUCCUAGGCUCAGGUUGAGCCUCAAACUCAAAAUACGCUCUCAUCGGAGCCCUGCGAGCUGUAGCACAGACUAUCUCCUACGAGGUAAGUCUUGGCCUAAUUCUCCUAAGCAUUAUCAUCUUCACUGGAGGCUUCACUCUACAAACAUUCAAUGUUGCCCAGGAGAGCAUUUGACUCGUUAUUCCUGCUUGACCACUCGCCGCAAUAUGGUAUAUCUCAACUCUGGCAGAGACAAAUCGUGCGCCAUUCGACCUAACAGAAGGAGAAUCCGAACUAGUUUCCGGAUUUAACGUAGAGUACGCAGGGGGGCCAUUUGCACUAUUCUUUCUUGCUGAGUACGCCAACAUUCUGCUAAUAAACACACUUUCCGCUACUCUCUUCCUAGGCGCCUCACACAUUCCCACAAUCCCAGAACUUACAGCACUCAACCUUAUGACCAAAGCGGCCCUCCUGUCCCUAGUCUUCCUUUGAGUACGGGCUUCGUACCCCCGCUUUCGAUAUGACCAACUAAUGCACCUCAUCUGGAAAAACUUUCUCCCCCUUACCUUAGCCCUCGUCAUUUGACACUUGGCCCUCCCUAUCGCAUUCGCAGGUCUCCCACCACAACUUUAA